GAGACCCGCCCAGCGCUGGCGAAGCUGGUGGGUCUGAGAGUAAUCCACGCCCGUGUAUUUCACUUCGCCUCGGUCACCGCGCCGCGCGGACAUGGCGCGUGUUCUGCGCCCACCGAGCCGCACGGUGUGGCGGCUUCGUGUCGAUCGACAGUAGGAUGGCGCUGAAGACGCCUACUCCGGGCGUCGGCGAGCGCGAGACCUGGGGCAAGAAGGUCGACUUCCUGCUCUCGGUGAUCGGGUUCGCCGUCGACCUCGCCAACGUAUGGCGCUUCCCAUAUCUCUGCUACAAGAAUGGGGGAGGCGCUUUCCUGGUGCCAUAUUGCAUCAUGUUGGUGGUGGGUGGGAUCCCGCUAUUCUACAUGGAGCUGGCACUGGGACAAUUCCAUCGGAAGGGUGCCAUCACUUGUUGGGGCAGACUUGUACCACUAUUUAAAGGAAUCGGAUACGCCGUGGUUCUGAUAGCUUUCUACGUGGAUUUUUACUACAAUGUGAUCAUCGCUUGGGCUCUGCGUUUCUUCUUCGCUUCCUUCACCACGAUGCUGCCAUGGACCAGCUGCGACAAUGAAUGGAACACUCCCUCUUGCCGACCGUUUGAAGCUGUAUGGAAUACUACUAUCAUUGCCAAUAAAUCUCGUUCAAGAAACAAUAGCACCUCUUCGACCGUGGGCCCUGCACAAACCCCUCCAUUUACAUCUGCCGCUUCGGAAUAUUUUAAUCGUGCAAUAUUGGAGCUUCAAGGUAGCGAGGGUUUACACGAUUUGGGCGCAAUCAAAUGGGACAUGGCGUUGUGUUUGCUCGCAGUCUACAUCAUCUGCUACUUUUCACUUUGGAAAGGCAUCAGUACUUCUGGCAAAGUGGUAUGGUUUACAGCUCUUUUUCCUUACGCGGUGUUACUAAUCCUUUUUGUUCGCGGCAUAACUCUCCCAGGAUCUGCUAACGGCAUCCAAUACUAUUUGAGUCCAAACUUCGAGGCGAUUACGCAACCUCAGGUGUGGGUAGACGCGGCGACACAAGUAUUCUUCUCGUUGGGACCUGGAUUUGGAGUACUUCUCGCUUACGCAUCAUAUAACAAAUACCACAAUAACGUAUAUAAAGACGCUCUCCUAACCAGCGUGAUCAAUUCGGGCACCUCAUUCGUGGCCGGCUUUGUUAUCUUCAGCGUACUCGGCUACAUGGCGAAAGCUUCUGGAAGAGAUGUUCAGGAUGUAGCGACGGAGGGCCCCGGACUAGUAUUCGUCGUUUACCCAGCCGCUAUAGCCACCAUGCCCGGCUCUACUUUCUGGGCUUUGAUCUUCUUCAUGAUGCUAUUGACACUCGGUCUUGAUAGUUCUUUCGGCGGUUCUGAAGCGAUAAUAACAGCACUGAGUGACGAGUUCCCUCCAAUCGGUCGUCACCGGGAACUGUUCGUGGCAUGUUUGUUCACUCUAUACUUCUUCGUGGGCUUGGCGUCUUGCACUCGAGGCGGUUUCUACUUCUUCCAACUGCUGGACCGAUACGCUGCGGGUUACUCUAUACUGGUUGCUGUCUUCUUCGAGGCCAUAGCUGUGUCCUGGAUUUAUGGUACAGAAAGAUUUUGCGAAGACAUCCGGGACAUGAUCGGCUUCCGGCCUGGACUAUACUGGCGCGUGUGCUGGCGGUUCGCAGCUCCUCUCUUCUUGCUUUUCAUCAUUGCGUACGGUCUCUUGGACUAUGAGCCCCUGCAGUAUGAAGACUAUGUGUACCCUGUCUGGGCUAACGCAUUAGGAUGGGCUAUAGCCGGUUCCAGCGUCAUGUGUAUUCCGACCGUCGCUAUUUACAAGAUUAUCACCACUAAAGGGACUUUCUUUGAGCGGUUACGUAUCCUCACGACUCCAUACGCGGACACGGAGAAUAACGGUGCGGUCCACAACGGCGUGAUAGUGUCAGAAAGCGGCGGAGUACGGCUGGCCUCAGCAUGUCACACCCCCACCUCCCCCCAGCCACCCUCCUCCACUACCCCGACCCUCACUCCCACCGCUCCUCCUAUAUCCUCCUCCGCCGCGCUCGUCUGAGCACAACUCUCCUUUGACGUCUACUACGUCUAGAACCGUCUAGACUGGCAACACUCCCGAGUUGUUAUGUCCCGUUGUCUUUAUGUUAAAAGCAUUAUAAAUCAUUUCAUAUGCGCGAAGACUAUUUACUUUUAAUAAUAAUCUUCAAUCAUUAUCGUACUAUUCUUAUUUCAUACAUAUAUAUUUCGUAUUUCAUACAUAUAUAUUUCGUAUUUCAUACAUAGUAUAAAAAAUAUGGGUAUAAAACUUUUGUAAACAAUUCUAUAUUUUGAAAUAUUUUUAGAUUGGUAGUACUUGUAAUGGAAAUCAAAUAGGAUGUAUCUUUAAUUAAUCGAUUAAUAAUGUUAAUUUUAUUUAUAUAAGUAAGCAAUUAUCAAAGUAUAUAAACUUAGCUAACCUGUGCGAUGUUUGCGUACAAAAGUAUUUAGUGUCAAAAAUUAUAAUAAGUACCUAUUCAUCCCUACUGUAGACGGUUAAAUUUAAAUGUUUGAGAACGGAAAGUUGAAAUGUUGAGAGAUCCGUGAUGAGCUCCUAAACUAGGCAUAUAUUGCGUCUACAUGCAAUAAUUAUCUAUGAAACCAUAUUGAAGAAAAAAGUUUUGAAUAUUGAUAAUUUAUGGUUUCAUUCCCUUCACUCACAUUACAUUUUUAAAUAUUACAAAACUUGUGAUUAAUUUUAAUGUUAUUGAAUUAUUAUGCGAUGCUAAUAAAAAUACUUUUAUUUUAUAUUUUUAAAUAUAACAUAAGACAUAUUAAACUAAUUAAGUAAAAGGGUUAGAUUAAAAGGGUAGUUAAAAUGGAUUAAGUAAUGACUGUUUGUAUGAUAAGCUCGGCAGCUCGUGCAAUGGGGUCAAGUACCUUAAAUGUAAAUAUUUAAGAAAAAAAAUGUUUAAUUAAACAAAUCGUGUGUUACUCUUAUAUUUACGGUAUAUAAUGUAGCUUAUAAUAAGUAUUAUAAAUGUCUACUAUUUGACAUCUAUAGUUAUGUAUAAUACGAAUAUAAUUCAGCAAACCGUCGAUGUGUUUAGUGUUAGUUUCUAUAGAUAUUAUUGGUCACAAGCAUUGAGGUUGAAGCUGGAACAACUACAUUAAUUCACUAUCCACCGAUUUUUAGCAUAUUCUGUGUUGUAGUGUCUAUGGUCAGAGACUAUCCCCCUUAUUUAUGGAAACUAAAACCUACGAAUCUAUUUUAUCUACAUAUUAUACUGUUUUGUCACUUUCAAAUUAGGAAUUUAGCACAAGAGACAAAGCAGUUUAAUAGCUAUAAUAGGUUUAUUAGAAGUUUGACAUUUUUAGAAAUAAGGGGGUACAUAUUUUACUAAUUAUAUUAAAAUAUAUAGUCUCUGGUAUAUUGAUAUUAUUUUGAUUUGAAUAUUUCCCCGUACACAUUCGGUGGCAGUAUUUUAAAUAAUUUUACUUCCCAUCAUAUCGAAUAUUAAAUCCAAAGGAAAUAUAUAUUAAUUUACUUUUAACAUAAGGUUGUAUAUUUCGGAAACGUGUAUUGUAGCAUUAAUAAAAAUAGUAUAAAAUGUACGUUAUAAUAUUAUAUAUCUACUUACUUAUCCAUUUUAAAACGUACAUUUUUAAAGUAGAAAUUUCUGUAGGUUGUUACCAAUAGAUAUUUACAUAGAAGAAUACUAUAAAAUAUGUCUAUCUCCUUCGUAUAUAAGUAUAUAAUAUGAUUUCUUCUUAUCUCGUUAGAGAGAAGUUAAAUACUUACAAAAAAUAUUUAGUCCUAGUGUUGUUAUUAAAACUAAAUUGUUAUGAAUACUUAUUAUCAAAUAAUCAUAAGAAAAAUGAAAUGCUGUGUAGAUAAUAGAAAACAGUAGUAUUAAUUAAAAUAGGUACAUUCAAUGUUAUUAUCACGUAUACUAGUAUAAUAAAUGUUCAUAUACCCACAUACAUGUACCAAUACAUAUGUAUGUCAUUUCGCCUAAAUAUAUACAUGUUAUAAUUAUAUUCACUUAUGAAUGUAUUAAUUAUUGGACACCUAUAAAUGUUUACUCAUCCUUCUUCUCUAAAUGUUAUGGUUAUUAAACGUUAGGUGCUCCAUUUUUUUUAGACAGAAUACUUUUAAUUUACAUAUUUUUAUUUAUUUGCCUACCAUUCAUCACUCCGUCCUGGGCAAUGCGGACUGAUGAAUUGUAAAAUAUUUUAAUUAGUAUUGACAGAGACUGUAUACAUAUUACUCAUAAAUAAAAUAUAUAGUCUCUGGUAAUUAUUUAUAUCAUACUUAUUUAUCAAUGGUUCUUCCAAAAAUUAGGCUGUGUGCACUGUAUUCUACACAUGCUACACUCGAUUUUAUUCUGUGGUUUAAUGGAGUAGUUAUAGAUUAAUCUUUUCACAUAGUAAAAAAUUGCUUGUAUGCAUUUAACAAUUUUAAACCAAUAUUAUUGGGUAUAUUAAUAUUAAUCUCACGAUACUAGUGUUUCGUAGCAGUAAUGGUACCAUUUUCAAUGUUCUUCAAAUAUUCGAUGUUAGAUUUCAAUGUGGCGAGUAAUUAUUGUCUCUAUUAUAGUUGUUGAUAUUAUAUGCUCACGAUCACUAGUCAUACCAGCCAUUAUGACUACUGAUUUUAGAAUAAAUUUGUUUAUACUUACUGUA